CCUAAGGAUGUUGGCUUUUUACGUUUACACUGAAAACGUUUUUCGUGAGAAAUUUAACUUGUACGGUAUCCCUUACUCUUUGUGUCGCUCUUGGAUGACAUAAGCAAAUGCGACAGUAAAAGAAUGCCUUAUGAAAGCUGGACAAUGAAUGCACAUGUAACUUUUUUCUCAGCAUUGUAAAACAAAACAAGCAUAUACUUUAUUGUCCAACAGAAUAAUGUUGUGUCCGUUUAGAAAAGUGCUUUUGCCCUGGGCAAGUAGACAAGGUCGUAGAUCCUUUUCAGUAUCCCACAACUACUGGAAUGCCAAAAAAGGUCUGGUGCUCGGUGUUUACGAGAAAGAAAAGGACGAUGAGAGUCUCCAUCUCACGGAGGCGGCGGAGUGUUUUGACCACUCGGUGUCCGGAAAGCUUGGAGAGCUGCUGUCAAUAUCUGGACCAGCGCUUAAGAAGGGGAAGAGCCGAGUAUUUUAUGGUGUACAUGAGGACUUCUCCAGCAUUGCUGUUGUAGGUCUUGGUAAACGCUCUGCAGAGGUCUGUGGCAAAGAGAACUGGGACAGUUCCAAAGAGAAUAUUCGAGCCGCUGUUUCAGUGGGCUGCCGGCUGCUGCAGGACCUGGAGCUGGGGCAGGUGGAGGUGGACCCCUGCGGAGACGCCCAGGCUGCGGCAGAGGGGGCUGGGCUGGGACUCUUCCUGUAUGACGAGUUCAAGCAGAAGAAGAAGCCAGCGGUGACUGCUCAGUUGCACGGCAGCACUGGCUCUGCAGCCUGGCAGAGGGGUGUGCUAUACGCAGAAGGGCAGAAUCUCGCCAGACGCCUGAUGGAAGCUCCAGCCAAUCACGUCACACCAACGUUUUUUGCCAACUGCAUACAGCAGGAACUGUCACCUUUCUCCGACAAAGUUGCUGUCCAUCGAAGGCCGCAGAAAUGGAUAGAGGAGCAGAGCAUGGGUGCAUUCCUGAGUGUGACGAAGGGCUCAGAGGAGCCCCCUGUCUUCCUGGAGCUGCACUACAAGGGUAGCCCCGACUCCAACCAGCCGCCGUUAGUGCUAGUGGGAAAAGGGAUCACUUUUGACAGCGGGGGGAUUUCUCUGAAGCCCUCCUCGGGGAUGGAUGCUAUGCGGGCGGAUAUGGGCGGAGCCGCCACUGUGUGUUCCGCCAUCGUCACGGCCGCCGCCCUGAACCUGCCAAUCAACAUCAUCGGUCUGGCACCACUUUGUGAAAACAUGCCCAGCGGGAAGGCUACUAAACCUGGGGAUGUUGUCAGGGCAAAGAACGGGAAAACUAUCCAGGUUGAUAACACAGAUGCAGAAGGCAGGCUUGUAUUGGCAGACGCUCUCUGCUACGCACACAGUUUCAGCCCUAAAGCCAUCGUUAACGCUGCCACUCUGACAGGGGCAAUGGAUGUAGCUUUAGGGUCCGCUGCUACUGGAGUUUUUACCAAUUCUGAUUGGCUGUGGAGUCACCUGCAUAAGGCGAGCAUCGUGACUGGCGAUCGAGUCUGGCGAAUGCCCCUGUUCCGGCACUACACCCAACAGGUCACUGACUGCCAGCUGGCCGACCUCAACAACGUCGGAAAAUACAGCCGGUCUGGUGGCGCGUGCACUGCAGCUGCGUUUCUGGGGGAGUUUGUGACGGCUCCACACUGGGCUCAUCUGGACAUCGCCGGCGUAAUGGGCAACAAGGACGAGGUGCCAUACCUGCGCAAGGGCAUGUCCGGCCGGCCCACCCGCACACUGGUGGAGCUUGCAGCUGCGCUCAGCACAGAACCCUGAGAGAACCAGAAUCUCCUCUAACCUGCCGGGUCUGUCCCGUUAUGUACGUCAGCUUUGAACAAAUGCACUUAUGACUCAUAACUGAGGUAAGACUUAAUGUGUAAAGAUUUUGUUACAAACAUUUAGAGUGACAAUCUACUUUCCUCGGUUUUGGUGGAUUUAGCGGCCACCCAUGGUGACUGGCGGUUAUAACAGGUCUAUUCUACACUUCAAUUCCCAUAGUUCCCCGGAACAUGCGGCCUUCUCACACGUUUUCCUUCUUCUGAUUGUCGUAUGGUUUCCUAUUUGUCUUUGUUUGCAGUAACUUUACAAAAAUGGAUGAAAAUACAACUGGGCUCAAACUCCACCCCUUCUUGUGUUUAUACCUCUGAAACUAUCUUGCGUUACUGCUGGAAGUUUGUGUCUCGCAAACUACGCACUCGCAAAACUCAUUUCUGCCAUAGGCUUCCUUGGUUUUCCUGCCAUCUUCAACAAAGAUUUAUACUGAUACUGUACCCCAACAUUACUUUUAUGGAAAUUAUUAAACUUUUGUAAUGCUCCGGGAUUCAAGCACUAUCUAGGAGUGAUACUGCUACUUGAACAAACUAAACCAAAUGAUAUGUUAUUAAUUUCCUCAACAUAUCUGUACUGUGACAUCCAAUAAAAAAUUAUGUGAAAAAAA